AUGAACAUUGGUCUUGCCAUUCUCUUCGUUACUUAUGCAGUGUUCUGCGUAGUUUCCGGAGAACAAAAGCCUAAAUGUAUAAUUCCUCCAAAACCAGCAUUCCUCAGCAAAGUCGACGACGCCGCUCGUAAGCAAUUCUUCGCCAUUGUUAGGAACCCUAACCUAACUUCAGAUCAGAAGAAGACCCAAGUAAUCGAGUUCGCCAAGAAACAUGGAUUUGAGGUACAAGUACCAUUUCACAAGUAA